UUCCCGCCCAUAAGAAUAUUAGCAAUAAUUCAUCACUUAACAAAAAAAAAAAAAAUUCACACACGUUUAGUUCAAAGCAAAAAGAGAUGUGCGGAAGAGCUCGUUGUACUCUUCGCGCCGAUGACAUUCCCAGAGCUUGCCAUCGCAAUGAUGGCCCCAUCCGCCAUGUUAACAUGGACCGGUACCGUCCGUCGUAUAAUGUUGGCCCGGGAAUGAAUUUUCCUGUUGUUCGACGGGACGAUGGAUCUAAUACCGAUGGAGCAGGAAUCGUUCUUCACUGCAUGAAAUGGGGACUAAUCCCUAGUUUCACUAAGAAAUCCGAUAAGCCUGACUUUUUCAAGAUGUUCAACGCUCGAUCAGAGUCAGUAUGUGAAAAGGCUUCUUUCCGGCGCCUCCUUCCUAAAAGCCGGUGCUUAGUGGCAGUUGAAGGGUUCUAUGAGUGGAAGAAAGAUGUUUCGAAGAAACAGCCAUACUACAUUCGUUUCAAGGAUGGUAGGCCUCUAGUGUUUGCUGCUCUUUAUGAUUCUUGGGAGAACUCUGAAGGUGAGAAACUUCACACUUUUACCAUACUUACUACUUCCGCGUCAUCAACUUUUCAGUGGCUUCAUGACAGGAUGCCGGUAAUUUUGGGUGACAAGGGAUCAACAGAUGCAUGGCUAAAUGGUUCUAAAACUGAUAUGCUGCUUAAACCAUAUGAAAAUCCAGAUUUGGUGUGGUAUCCAGUAACCCCUGCAAUUGGUAAGCUGUCUUUUGAAGGACCUGAGUGUGUUAAAGAGGUACCACUGAAGACACAAGAAAAGAAUUCUAUCUCAAAGUUCUUCUCAACAAGGAAAGUUGAAAAGGAACAAGAAUCAAACAUGGUGCAAAGUGUGUGUGAUGAAUCUGUCAAAACAAAUUUGCUGAAUAACUUAAAGGAGGAACCUAGAAGCACAGAUGAUAGACUUGCAUCCUUAACAGAUAAGGACCAUGAUUUAAAAUCUAAUGUUCCUGUUCCAUCCCUUGGGGAUGUAGGGAAGAGCCAAGUAAAAAGGGACUCCGAUGAGUUUUUAGCUGAUACCAAGCCAUCUAAAGAUGAAAUCGAAACAAGCCCAGCAAGGAAAAAGGGAAACAUCAAAGGUGGUGGUGAUAAGCAGCCAACACUAUUUUCGUACUUCGGGAAAAAAUAGCUACUGCUUGAGUAUCGGUAUGGCAACUGCAUGUGUAUAUAGGAAGUCUAGGUUCUGUUUUGAAUGCUCGGCAGGUUCUGCAUGUAGGAUUUGUGGCAAAUGCUAAUCUGCAUUUUGCAAUUGUAGUUUAGAGGCUCCCUAAGCUCUUUGUUUGCCUAGGGGAAUGGAUGUAGGACUCUUUAACUUCAGAAUUGGCUAAGAUGAUCCGAAAUGCAUUGAGUCCA